AUGCAUUUUAUUCCGAUCAUCCAAUCUCAAACAGACUUCAAGCUGGGUGACUGUUCGUAUUUGGACACAUGUCAUAAGAUAUCCAACUGCAGAUACAUCCAUUAUGGACAGAUCUGGGACUUCACCAGAGGCGAGCCGGCAUGCAGCUACUUGAGCUGCGAACUUCCUCCGCAAUGGAUCAACUGCGACUUGAUGAACAUUGAUUUCGAGGUGUUUGGCAGCGACUUUGGGGUGGUCAUCGCCGACCCCAGCUGGACGAUCCACAUGAAUCUCAACUACAGCAGUCUGAAGGACGACGAGUUGUUGUCCUUGCGCAUGGACAAGUUGCAGCGUGAAGGCCUGUUCUUGUUGUGGGUCACCGGCCGCACCAUCGAGACGGGGCGGGAGUUUCUCCGCAAGUGGGGCUACAAGGUGAUCAACCAGAUCACGUGGAUCAAGACCAGCCAGUUGGUCCGCACAAUCAGCACCGGGCGGACCGGCCACUGGUUGAACCACUCAAAGGAGCACCUCCUCGUUGCCACCAAGGGCAGCGUGAAGUGGAUCAACCGUGCCAUCGACUCGCAAAUCAUGAUCUCCUCCACGAGAGAAACUUCCCGCAAGCCCGACGAGAUCUACGGUAUAGUCGACCGGCUCGUCGGCGCCGGCGUCCGCAAGCUUGAGAUCUUCGGCAGACAGCACAACACUCGUCCGGGCUGGUUGACCGUCGGGAAUCAGCUAGAGGGGACCCGUCUUGUAGAAGGAGAGUUGAUCAAACGUUACAGCGCCUGGCAGAGCCGAUCGUCCCCCGCUGCUGUUGGAGCCUGA